CAGGGAGGGCCCGCGUGUUGCCCGUUGGCACAAUAUUGCACCAGGGAUUUAUCAGCAGGGCAAUGGGCGACCCGGAUCUUAUAUCGGCGAAGGACCAUGGCACAUAUCAAAAUAUUACCAUGUACUAUAGAAACCACAGGUUGUAUUACCCAACCCCUGUCAAAAAUCUACACAAACAGGAACAGAAAACACGUAGAAAACCCCAAACAGACACACUACCCAAUCCAUGCUCACUCAUAUACCCAGCCGUAUACUCUGCCACAUGUCAGCUAUGCUCUCAUCCAAAAGCAGAUAUUCCACAUAUAUAAAACGAAUGCCCCGGAGACUCAGGUCCGGAGAGAAUCAAAAACUUUGCAGAGUGGGAGGGCUGUAACGGAGGACACUUGAAAUCCCAUUUACAAGGUACUCAUUUCAUUUCACCUAACUUUCCUCAAAGAAAAUAAAGAGAGAAAAAAUUGAGAACAGUUUUUUCACCGCCCAGUUCAAUGCCGAUUACCCAGAGUGGGUUGCGCCAUUUCACUAGGGAACAACUAAGCCAGAAUGAAAUUCGUAGCCAAAACUUCGUCGUCGACGUCUUUCUCGAACGUUGGCCACGAACGUCUCGUGCGAUGCACCGCGUGGCGAACGCGGCACUCGCCUGGGCAAGAAGAAACGGAAGCGAAGCUCUUCUCCUUCGGCUUGUCCUUGACGUUUCCGAGGAAGAACAACAGGCAACCUUUCGGAGGAGGGCAACAUGAUUCGAGUCUCGCUCCUGACGUUCGCGACGUACCUGUCGGCGGCCAUACUGCUGCCUGCCGCCGUGCUCCUGAUGGCACUGCAGCGCAGCCACUGCUGCCGGAAGCUGUUCGCCACCUGGGUCUUCUACCCGCUGCUGCACCCGCUCAUCAAGCACGCCUUCGAGGGCAUUCGGCGCGAGAUCAUGUACGAGCUGAACGACCUCGUCUCGCACGACCCCGAGCUGCGGCGCGAGGACGCCAUCCGCGUGCUUGAAGUGGAUGUCGGACCGGGACGAAAUUUAGACCACAUCUUCAGGAACGUCAGGUACGUGGCAGUGGACCGGACCUCCACGGCCCGGUCCAAGUUCCUGCGGCGUCAGAGCCAGUACGAACACAUCACGCUGGAGCAGUGGUUGCUGACCAGCGGCGAGGACCUGGCCCAGGUGCCGGACAACCACGUGGACGCGGUCAUCGCCACGCACGUGCUCUGCAGCGUCACCGACGCCCGCAAGCUGGUCAACGAGUGCCGAAGGGUCCUCGCUCCGGGUGGCAAGAUGCUGUUCAUGGAGCACGUGGCCUGCCCGCGGGACUCGUGGGUCUACCAGCUGCAGUUCUUCCUGGACCCGCUGUGGCAACUGCUCACGUGUGGCUGCCACCUGGGUCGCGACGCGAGCGCCGCGAUAAUCGAAGCGGGCUUCCGGGAGGUGUCCCUCAAGGAGGUCUACCUGCCCAUCCUGGCGUUGAUUAGCCGGCACGUCUACGGGGUGGCCACCAAGGCGGGCGCGCCCGGCCCCGUGCACCGAUCGACUCGGCGCACGCCGCCGCCGCUGCUUGCGAGGCCCGCCGUCGACCAGCCGAUGCCGCAGCCGGCUGUGCCCGAGGAACUGCCCCUCGCUGGCCUGGGACCAGAGGCUGAGCCGCUGGCUGCGCCGUCGACAUCGUAGCGCCGCCGCGCGUGCUACGUUAUUUAGUAACGGUGUACAUUAGUAAAACUCAUUUUUGACCACGCAAGAGAAGGUUGUAUAGUGAAGUACAGUGAAGGUCGUAUAGUAUAGUAAAGGGAAGCAGCAGGCGGGGUUCGCGCUUUGGUGAACGUCAAAGGCUUUUUACAUGUGCAGGAAAGUGCGGGCUGGACGCAAGCAGACAUAUGGCAGCGUGGCAUAUAGUACGGUCGGAGAUAAAAUAAGACGAAGAACGUAGUGACAGCGUUAUAGAACACACGACAGUAUGACGUGCACACUUUAGUUUAUUUUCCUUGAGAGAGAGAGAGAGGUGGAGAGAGAACACUUCCUUGCUGGGGUCAAGGGAGGCGGGGCCGGGAGACUGGCUCCACCGGGGCCUCCCUCCUUGAGGCUCGAUCACACCGACAAUGAAGGCAUUCAUGAAGAAUUAGAUGAACAAUGUCUUGUGCAGUGCGAGUUGCCGAAGAUGCAUUCUCAGCGGCACGCGGAUAACCUGCUGCACCGUUAUAUACCCUCGUUCUGAUGCAUUUGGUGCACCGUACUGACCCUUUUCGCUAAGCAGUUCGCUCUAGGGAGCGAGAUAGAGCUUUCGGCGGGGCGCCGCACGUUGCCUCAUCGAAAGCGCACGAAUACGACGCCAUUGCCUCUUAUGCCCUGCUUCUGUGCGAUCAGCUGUCGGAAAUGCAACUGGGUUUUCUCUAACGCACAGUGCUCCAUUAAUGCUGCGAAAUAUGGAGAGGGGAAGUGAAGACGUGC